GGUUUAUCACGUGGUCAUGAGAACUACUAGCACUAGUACUAGCUCUGUAUAGCAGUAAGUUAUCUUUUUAAACCACCGAUUGGUCCGAAAAUGUCGUAUUGAACUCCUCAGAACUUUCUGUCCACGGCCUGAUUACACAUUAUAUUGGGGCUAGAACUACUAACUGAUCUGGAGCCUGGAAUUUAAAGCUGUGGUUCACGUUUUUCUUGACUUUACGCUAAGACGAGUAAGACAAAAGAAGAAUGGAGACGAGUUUUGCAAUCAUCCUCGCACUGACACUCGUAUUCGCUUGUUUGGCGUCAGGUGCAAGUUAUUUUGUGGAUGACAGUGGCGGACUUGGACCUCGAUUCGAUGGUAUCGGAGGAUUGAGCGGUGGAGGAGCCACUUCAAGACUCCUUGUGAGCUAUCCAGAUCCAGAGAGAAGUCAGAUAUUGGAUUAUCUUUUUUCGCCAAACUUUGGUGCAUCCUUGCAUAUGUUAAAGGUUGAGAUUGGAGGAGAUGCUCAGAGCACUGAGGGUACGGAACCAUCUCAUAUGCACUCACCCGAUGAUGAAAACUACCAAAGAGGGUACGAAUGGUGGCUCAUGAAGGAGGCUAAGAAGCGGAAUCCAGAUAUCAAACUGUAUGCCCUGCCAUGGGGCUGGCCAGGAUGGGUCGGAAAUUACACCAACAAUCCUUAUACAGACAUUAAACAAACUAUCAGAUAUAUCAUGAAAUGGCUCCAGGGAGCAAAGAAUGAACAUGGAUUGACCAUAGAUUACCUAGGGAUCUGGAAUGAGAAGGCAUACAAUAUAGAUUAUAUCAAACUAUUGAGACAAACAUUGACUGGUGCUGGCUUUGAGAAUGUGGAGCUUGUUGUAGCAGAUGGAAAGUUUGAGAUCAGCUAUGAUAUAUUGAAAGAUCCUGAAUUGGCCGCUGCUGUUAGCAUCCUAGGAUUUCAUUACCCUGGUACAUAUGUGACUAACUACACUACUGAGACAAGAAAGACCCUUUGGUCCAGUGAAGACUACAGUACAAAAAAUGAUAAUGUAGGAGCAGGAUGCUGGGCAAGGAUAUUGAAUCAGAACUAUGUGAAUGGAAAUAUGACGAGUACAAUAUCAUGGAACCUGAUUGCCAGCUAUUAUGGAUCUUUACCAUACGGUCGUUGUGGGUUAAUGACCGCUGAAGAACCGUGGUCUGGUAACUAUGAGGUGGACGGUCCUAUCUGGAUUACUGCCCACACCACCCAGUUUUCUUUGCCAGGCUGGAAGUAUUACUUACGAGGAUCAGGAUCAGGUCAUUUAAAGCAGGGAGGGAGCUAUGUUAGUCUUACUGAUAGCAAUAACCUCACUAUCAUCAUAGAAACAAUGACUCAUGAUCAUUCAAAAUGUAUUCGGCCAUCCUUGCCACCUUACACUGUACAAAGACAGACUGCUACCUUCACCUUGAAAGGCAUGUUUGCUUCUAUAAAGUCUCUUAAUGUGUUCUACUCAAAGCCUGGCUAUGGAGGAAAUUCUUCAGUAUAUUUUUCAAAGAAAAGCCCUAUUCAGGUUAUGAAUGGUCAGUUUAAUAUAACCCUUGACCCUGAUGAAAUCUACACGCUGACAACCCUGACCAAUGGAAUGAAAGGAAAAUACCCUGACCCUCCCCCGUCAAAGCCCUUUCCCACCAAAUACACAGAUAAUUUUGAUGAAUAUCCAGUGUACAGCGAGGCCAACUUUUUCACAGACCAGGCUGGGUGCUUUGAAAUCCGAGAUUCGGGAAACAUUAGUCACAACAAUGUAAUGCAACAAGUAGCAACCUCAUUUCCAGUGAGUUGGUGCUCUGAGGCCCAUCACCCGAUCGCAGUGAUUGGAAAUCACACAUGGCGUGAUGUUAGCUUCAGCAUUGAUUUAAAUGUACCAUCUUUAUCUGGUGCCAUCCUUGCUGUUCGUGUGGAUGUCGGUGGGUGUCAGACCACUGGAUCAGAGGGAAUCUUCUUCUGGAUCGGUGGUAGUGGCAAAUAUAAUGUUACCUCUGAUAUGGAAGGUAGAAGUGUUGUGAAGACUGGUACAGCACCCACGAUUGGAAACACUUGGGCCAGAGUUCAGCUAACCGUCAUCGGUGGAGAAGCUAAAGGCUCAAUAAAUGGAGUUCAGGUAUUUGACUGGGACAACAUUCCAGCAGUACUGCCACAUCAUGGAUGGAUUGCUAUAGGAACAUCAGACUAUUCUCCAGUUCAAUUUGAUAACUUUGCCAUUAAUUCUGCUUCUUGAUAUGAAAGAAAGAUAGGAAUAUUAGAUUAUUCUGAAGUUUCAAUUUGAUAACUUUGCCAUUACUUCUGCUUCUUGAUGUGAAAGAAAGAAAGAUUAGAACAUCAGACUAUUCUCCAGUUCAAUUUUAUAACUUUGUCAUUAAUUCUGCUUCUUGCUAUG